UAAUUCUUUAUGCACCUUAUAUAUUAAGGUAGAAACAUAAUUAAAAUAUGAAUACAAAAUUGAAAUUUAAGAAGAAAGUCCCGUUAAUACGACACAAAAUGAUAUUCAUAGGUUUUUUUUUUAAUAUAUAGAAGAUUGUCAUAACACUGCACGACCAAAAAAUUAGAGUUGAGAUCACAAGGUCCACAAAGGUAUUGCCCUUACUAAUGUAAUGAUCUAUGUUUCCAAUUCCACAACCCAAAAAAAUAAAGUGAAAAGAAAAAAAAGACUCAAUUCGUUCUUCUGACCUCUAAACAAGAAGUGGGAGAAUAGUUGAAGCAAGGCUCGACCUUUUUAGCUAACAUCACUGCGAAGUGCCUCAAACCACAAAACCCAGUUCCUAGUUCUACACUGCGAUUCAUUAAUGGAGGAUAAAGCAGUUGCUGUGAUCUUGGUCGGUGGGCCCACCGAAGGAACUACAUUUCGUCCGUUAUCAUUCAAUACUCAAAAACCCUUGUUUCCUAUUGCUGGCCAUCCUAUGAUCCACCAUCAAAUUUCUGCUUGCAAAACUAUACCAAAUUUGGUUCAAAUAUAUCUCAUUGGAUUAUAUGAAGAGCGUGAUUUUGCUUUGUAUGUGUCUUCAAUCUCAAAUGAACUGAAAGUUCCGGUUAGAUAUUUGAAAGAAGACAAACCACAUGGGUCUGCUGGUGGACUGUAUCAUUUUCGAGAUCUGAUUAUGGAAGAUGGGCCGUCACAUAUGAUUCUUCUGAAUUUUGAUGUCUGCUGCAGUUUCCCGCUAGCAAAGAUGCUUGAUGCCCACAGGAGAUAUGGUGGUAUGGGUACAUUAUUAGUAAUUAAGGUUUCUGCUGAAUCGGCCAACCUGUUUGGUGAGUUGGUUGCCGAUUCUGAUACAAAAGAGUUAUUACACUACACAGAAAAGCCUGAGACAUUUGUUAGUGAUUUGAUAAAUUGUGGCAUAUAUGUAUUUACUCCAGAAAUAUUUUCGGCUAUCCAGGGUGUGCUUGCCAAUCGGGAAGACAAAGGAUCUUUACGUCGCCUGUCCAAUUACGAGUCAUUGCAUUCAGCUACAAGGGCCCUCCCUGCAGAUUUUGUAAGAUUGGACCAGGACAUUUUGUCUCCUUUGGCUGGAAAGAAACAAUUGUAUACCUAUGAAACAUUGGAUUUCUGGGAACAAAUUAAGACUCCCGGCAUGUCCUUGAAAUGUUCUGGGUUGUAUCUUGCUCUAUUUCAGCAGAAUGCUCCCCAUCUUCUGGCUAGUGGGGAUGGUACAAAGAAUGCUACUAUUGUAGGUGAUGUUUAUAUCCACCCAUCAGCUAAAGUACAUUCGACUGCUAAGAUUGGUCCAAAUGUGUCAAUAUCAGCUAAUGUUCGCAUAGGACCUGGUGUAAGGCUUGUAAACUGCAUCAUUUUGGAUGAUGUUGAGAUUCAGGAAAAUGCACUUGUUACUCAUGCUAUUAUUGGAUGGAAGUCUUCAGUUGGGAGAUGGUCACGUGUUCAGGCUGAUGGUGAUUACAACUCUAAGCUUGGAGUUACAAUCCUUGGAGAAUCUGUUAAUGUAGAAGACGAAGUUGUUGUCAUAAACUGCAUUGUUCUUCCAAACAAGGUUCUGAACGUCAGCAUGCAAGAAGAGAUCAUAUUAUAGUUACGGAAGCAUUUUCUCACAUGACUGAGAGUGGGCAGAAAAAUGUCUGCGUUAAAUGUACUUGUUUUGUAACUAGUGAUAGCUGUCCGAGACGUGAUGCUUUGACUGAUAAAACAUCUUGAGCAAUACAUACAGAAUCUCUAAUUUCUGAAAUACUGGUUAAAAACAAAUCUCCAUGUAUCUAUCUUUGCAAAAUAGUUUUGCAAACAUGUUUUUUUUACUGUACCAAUCUGAUUGAACAAGUGAAAUUUUAUACUGUAUAAAACUUGAUUAUAUUUUUGCC